AUGAAGAUCCUCUCGAUCUGCAUCCUCUUCCUCGUGCUCAAUGUUGCUCGUGUGGAGUCUAGGCCGAACCCUGACGAUCGUCCCAAGCUGCGCCACCUCUUCGUCUUCGGCGACUCCUUCGGCGACAACGGCAACACGCGGAAGCCGCCGGUGGAUCCCGUCCUGGGCUCGGCCGUUGAAUCAGAGGAUUCACGGCAGUGGUUCUUCCCCUACGGCUCCUUUACCGACCGGCGCGACAACCCCACCGGCCGCUUCUCCAACUAUAUGGUCCAAUCUGAUCUCGUCGCAAACAUCAUGGGGCUCGACGUAGCACCUCCGGCGUACAUGCUCACGGAGAGGAACACCUGGGACAAGUCUGGCAUGACCUUCGCCAUCGGCGGCUCCACCGUGUACCACCCUCCUAGUAAUAAGAAGAGGGUGUCCACCCUCCGCCACCAGGUCGAUAGGUUUGAGUCCCUCAUCGCCGACGGAACCAUCUCCAGGAAGCAUGUCGAGCACUCCGUCGCCCUCAUCGCCUUCUCCGGCAACGACUACGUCACCGUCGGCGACGCUGGUGGCAUGGACAUGGGCAUCAACGAUUUUAUCAGGGAAGUGACGACGGAGAUUGUCACUAACGUGCAGCGCCUGCAGGAGAUGGGGGUGGCCAAGGUUCUCAUCAACAAUGUUCCCCCCGUCGGCUGCGCGCCGUCGCAGACCAUGCCCAACGGCUUCACCAGGUGCGACCGCGGAGGCAACAAUUACGCUACUGUCCACAACAGGAACCUCAAGAGGCUGCUUAAAGAGAUGGAAGACGUGCACAUUAUUGAUAUCAACAACGCCUUCACCAACAUUGUUGACGGCGACAACACGGAGGUCUCAAGCUUCUUCGACGAGAGGUUGGCGCCAUGCUGCCAGAGUAUCGAUCCGAAUGGGUAUUGUGGUCAGCUGGGCCAGUCUGACACGGACUACCGUUACACCCUUUGCGAGAAAGCUGACAAGUAUUUCUACUGGGAUGACAUGAACCCCACCCAGGCCGGAUGGGAGACAGUCAUGGAGCAGUUGGAAGACCCCAUCAAGGAGUUCCUAGGACUCAAUUAG